AUUUUUCUCGGUGUGCAUUUCGGAAAUUCCUUCGUUUAGAAAUUUUUCUCGUAUUUAUUUCUCCAAAAAGAACGAUCAAAAUCAAUACUUACUGUUGUUGAAAUUGUUACAAGUGUUAUUUUAAUAGCGAUUGCAACGAGGUCAGCUGAAGCAGUUGCCUGGAGGAAUCAUGAUGUCUAGUAAAAGUCAGGACCUCGUCGACAGCUGGGAGGAAAUUGACGAAGAUCGUUUGACUUCCAGAUUAAGCAAACUUACUGACGAGGGCACCACCGAAUCGGGAGAAACAUGCACAAACCGAGACAGUUCUGAACCAACUGGCAGUAGUCUAACCGCUAUGCUGGAGGAAGAACUGCGCCCACGAAUGAUUCUUCAGAGACCGCAGAUGCAGAUUCUUCGACGACCGCAAUCUAAAAUUCCAGAGGAAAAGGCGACUUCUGAAAGUAAGCCAAAAACGCAGAUAAAAUCAUUCGAUCAACGAAAGCAGGAGUAUGCGGAGGCUCGUUUGCGGAUACUAGGCUCAGCCCAUGACGAAGAAGAGCAACAGCAAAAUCUGCCAAUUGAACAAGUUAGGAAAACCACUCCAAUCACAAAUGGUUACCGAAUAGGUAACAGUCCUAGUAAUAACAACAUCAGCGGACAAAUCCGUCCCCAAAAUUCAUUUCGAGCUCCGCCGGCGAAUUAUCAUAUGCAGCAACAUCCUGGUCCCUACUACCAGCCACAUUCUUCCGGAGGUGCACGAAAUCAAAUACCACCAGAUACUGGCAAUCAUCACUACUAUCACCAUCAACAAGCCCCCCAUCCCGGUCCAGGUGCGUACACCUUUCAGCAGCAGCAGCAACAACAACAACAGCAUCAUCAACAUGCUCAACAUCAGAAGCAACUGAUGCCUUUCGGAAUGCCUACUCAAUCAUCGUCGAUUAGUAGCUACCAUCAUGGAGUACCUGUACCAGCAUAUGGUGGCGCACUCAGUAGUAAUAACAAUGUUUUGAGAAUGCCUGCUGGCCCUGACGGUUCACAUGGGUUUACGAUGCGACGGUAGCUAGUUUAUUAGAAUCGAUACUAAUAAAUAGGUUCUAAUGGAUGAUUUCGAUUCAAAACAAUUCUUUACUUUCUUAAUUAUGCUUACAAUUGUACUUUAUCGACAGAAUACAUUUUCUUUUAUAAAAGUUCUGUUAUGGUGGGUUAUAUUUUCAGUCAAGUUGCUUUGCUAUUCAAACACGGACAAGAAACAUUAUAUGAAAACACAACAUAAUUUUGAAUCCAUGUCAUCAAGAUUGUACACUUUCGAUAAUUGCUAUUGCUUCUUCAAAAUGAUUGUGAAGCAAACUGUUUUGAGUAUUACUGUAUGAUAAAGGUGCGAUAAUUUAAACAAAAUAUAAAAUUUUACCACACGCUCUGUAUGUAUCAAACAAAUAAUUAUUCUUCAAGUAGAAUAUCAAA